UUUCUCCAUCCAUAUUGUGACUUAAAGAUUUCAUUUGUAACUUGUUUUAGGAGCUGAAUUCCCCAUAGCAGCCUUCUUUGUCUUUCCUGAUGGAGUCCUACUCCCUAGUCUGGUUUGUGUUUGUAACUGCAGUUCGUUUUAGUUUUCGUCAGACUUGGAACAGGUUUUAUGAAUUUCAGAUAAAUUUCCAGGAUUUCGAAUGAAUCGAGAAACUGAACAAAUGUGUCAGCAAGUCAAUCCCCUCAUUGCUGUCAUGUUUUCUCAAACAAACCAUUUGAAAUUUCAUGGAUUUAGAUGACUCAUGUCAAGAAAUUUUUUUUUUUUCAUAUCGAAAAUUUUGUCUUACAAAAAUUAUCAAAUUUCGAUUGAAAUUCAUGAAAACCAUGAUCUCGAUGGGCAUGUUAUUUUGGGGUGGUGCAUCAAGAUUGUUAAUCCUGGUCCAUGUGCUCGUAGAAACAGCACGUGUAUCAUGUUGUUAAGAAUUUUAGUACAUUGUUGAUUGAGUUCGUUUGAUCGUAAUAUGAACUAUGAGAAUAUAUAUACACGUUAUUAAGUUCACAAGAGAAAUAGCUAAACCCUGAAGUAGUUACCACUCCGCGUUGAUACUACCACUAUUGCACAUUGGAGAAGUUAAACAACCUAUAUUUCCUAACGUUUCUAGAAGAACAACAGUGCAUAUAUUCAUGGUAUAGUACGAAGAUAACAGUUUGCUCAUGUCAAGUUGCCAUGAGCACGAAAACAGUAUUAAAUGUGUAAAAAUCCCAAGUGGAUUGGCAGGAAUUUAGAAUACAUAUCAAAGAGAGGAAAACCACGUGAAUGUGAAGAAUAUGCAUUGUUCAAGACCAUCCAACCUUGCACCACGCUCUUCCACAUUAACAAAUGCAAAAGCAAGCUCUAAUCGUGAAGCAAUUUGGAGCCUUGAUCACCAGUAUAAAAGGCAACAGUGCCGAACGAACGGAGCAGCAGCCAGUCCACUCCAUUCCAUGCACAUCUCCUGAUCUCCCAAGUAACAGCGCCACACACACUCAGGUAGCUAGGUAGGGUUCAAUACAUGGCACGAGCAAACGACAGCCACAGUGUUACUAUCCCCGAUGGCAUGUUCCCAACGCCGCAUAUGGAAGAUGCGGCUGCCGGUGCUAGCAGUGACACCAAGCCUGCCGCUGGCACGAACACACCGACGUCGACUCCAAAAGAUGAUGGCUCCAAACCUGCGGCGGCGCAGGACAAUGUGCUGUCGGCGUCGGCGAACCUGGCGCAGCUGCUGCCGACAGGGUCGGUGAUGGCGUACCAAGCGCUGUCGUCGUCCUUCAACAACCACGGCGAAUGCUACACCUCCAACUGGUGGCUCACCGUCUCGCUCGUCACCUUCCUCACCGUCUUCUGCAUCUUCUUCGCCUUCACCGACAGCAUCACCCACAAAGGCAAGGUGUACUAUGGCGUGGCCAUGAGCGAGCGCCUGAGAAUCUUCAACAUUGAGGUGGGCGAUAGUAUUGCAGACGAGGAAGGGAAG